AUGGAAAAUGCAACACUCACGGCCAAAAGACUCAGAGAAUCCCUUGACUGGGCUACUCAGAGCACUGGCAAUGCCUCUAUCCUAGAAGAGAAGCCAAUCAUCCCUUCAAAAACAGAUUACUGCGUGCCAGUAACACAACUGGAAACUCCCUUCAAUAUAUACUUCCCACAAAGGCAGGAAUGGGUUCAUGGCAGCCCCCGGUCCACCGGCAACCAAACCUUCUUUACAGACGUCUCCAAGCUAGACAACCGCGUAGGCGGAGGGGUCUACUCCGAGCAACUCAACAUACAGUUAUCCUUUAGCCUUCCAACACGCUGCAGUGUCUUUCAAGCUGAGGUACUGGCCAUAAAGGAAGAUAUAGACUGCCUAGAAAGGCUCAAAGUUAGCCCUAGCAAUAUAAACAUAUAUAUUGACAGUCAGGCCGCAAUUAAAUCCAUCAGCUCGAUAUUUUCCAAUUCGAUAUCAAUAAUAACCUGUCACAAAUCUCUACACGAGAUAGCUAAACAGCAUGUUAUUAGCCUGAUAUGGGUGCCUGGUCACCAGGACAGUGAAGUCAACUGUAAAGCCGAUGAGUUAACUAGGAAAGAUACUGUACUACCACUCCUCGCGGGCAAGGAAGGUAUAAGUAUGCCUCUAGCUACCUGUAAGCUCAACAUUAAGACGGAGUACAGGCGCAGGUCAUGCAAAAAAUGGCAAAAUGCCACCUGUGCCCGCAUAGCACACCAGACAUGGCCAAUCAUCAACUCCAAGCGCAGCAAAGAGCUGUGCAGUCUAAGUCGGACCAACUGUUCUGCAGUGAUCCGGGCUCUAACUGGGCACUGGCUGGUCGGCAUUCAUGCCAACAGACUCCAGGUGCCAUACAAUCACUUUUGCAGAAGCUGCAAAAACGAGGAAGAAGUGGAAUCUCCGGAACAUUUCUUCUGCCACUGCCCAGCACUUGCCAGGAAAAGGCUGGAAAUCCUGGGAAACUACUUCCUAAUUGGUUUAUCGGAGCUCCGACAUAUGAGACCGGCCAAGAUAGCGAAAUUCAUUAACGCAUCUGGCUGGUCAAAUGUUUGA